AUGCCCUUUAAAGAAUAUGAUGCUGAUAUUCUUGUUUUUGGCUACCCUUUAAACAUGAAUAGCACAGAGAUAAAUGUGAAAUAUAAAAAAAUUAAUUUAAUCGCUAUCGCUGGCGGCAGUGCUUCAGGAAAAACAACAGUAGCAGAAAAAAUUGCUGAAGCUUGUAAUAAAAAAAAUGUCAUUUUUGUACAAAUGGAUAAUUAUUAUCAUGACCUUAGUAACUUAAAAGUUGAAGAAAGAAAAAAAACUAAUUUUGAUCAUCCUAAUGCUAUUGAUAUGAAAUUAUUAAUUUAUGAUUUAGAACAAUUAUUACUUGGUAAUGCUAUUGAAGAGCCUAUUUAUGAUUUUAAAAUCAAUAGUCGCAGUAAAAAUACUGAGAUUAUUGGUCCGGGUGAUGUUAUCAUUCUGGAUGGUAUUUUUGCUUUAGAAAAUCCUAUUAUUCGUGAAUUAUCUACUAUUAAAAUUUUGUUGAUACUGAUAUUAGAAGUUGAUGGUAACAAAUUUAAUACCGAAGAAACAGUUCUUAAUGAAAUUAUUCGUUUAAAUGAAGAAAUAACAUCUGAACAUGUUGAAAUUAAAAACUUUAUUACUGCAUCAGAAAUUAAAAAUGGUUCAGCAGAAUUACAUGCUAAAACUGACAGUAAAUAUACAGGACAAGUUAACAUUACAAUUACUGCAAAAGACAAAAUCGCUUUAGACAGUAAAAUUACUAACAAAGAAGUUAACGAUAACAAAUUUAAUACUGAAAAAGCAGUUCUUGAUGAAAUCAUUAAACAAAACAAAGAUGUAACUGCUAAUGAUGUUGAAAUUAAAAAAUUCAAAGCAGCAUCUGAAAGAACUGCUGGUUCAGCAGAAUUACAUGCUAAAGCCGACAGUAAAUAUACAGGAAAAGUAAAUAUUAUAAUUACAAAAGUUGAUACUGAAGAAGAAAGAUUAGUAAAAAUUAUUAAAAAAAUUAAAGUUGCUAAUGAUAAAGAAAGAUAUGGUUUAGUAGAACAACGUAUUAACAUUUAUUUUACAAAUGAAAACAUGUUAAUUGAUAAUGAAAAUAAAACAUUAAAAUUUGAUAAUCUUUGA